GUGGCUGGCGAGCGGCUGAGUAGAGCGGUGCUCUCAGCGCUUAUAGCGGACCUUAGAGUGAACAUGUCUGAGUCUGGGUAUCGGAUCCGAGUGGCUGUUAGGGACGAUUGUCCUGAUUCUCAACCUGGUGCAGGAGUUGCUGACCGAGAUAAAGCUCGCCACCCCACUGGUCAUGACGGCCGCCCAGUUAGCCGAGGACGGGUUUCCGCGCCACGGGCCGCCGGCGUUCACGUGCCACGUGGCCGAGCGGCGGGACGCGCCCGGUCAGCUGGUCGGCAUCUGUCUGCACUACGUGACGUACUCGGCGCACGUGGGCCGUACCGCGUACCUGGAGGAUCUGUACGUGGUACCGGCGUGCCGCGGCCACCGGCUCGGCGCCCGGCUGAUGGCCGCACUGGCAGACUGGGCCCGCAGCCACCGCUGCAGCCGCAUCAACUUCACACUGCCAGACGGGAACGCGAUGGUGAGGAGGUUCUACCGGCAGCUGGGAGCUGUGGACCUCACGGCUGACGGCUGGCACCUGCACCGGAUCACGGGGGACGCCCUCAGUCGGCUCGGUGACCUGCACCAACCCGAGGGUGACGAGUUGUGACUAAGGUGGUUAUAGGUAAUAGGAAUAUUGUCACCGACCAGCCGUACGGUAACUAUAGCGGAGAGCACGAGAGUCGGAACCUGCCGCCGCUUCCUGUUUGGCCACUGGCCAGUCUACGAACCGAGGGUACCCAACUUGUCGGGACCUCGCCACAACAUUGCUCGUUCGGAACGAGCAAUGUUACGGCGAGGAUUGAACGAUCAUUGGGCACGUUUUAAGCUGUGUCACAAAGUGUCACCAUUAUACAUACGCUGGUGUUAACUAUUACCGGUACAAUUGAGUAUGACAAUAUCUCUUCGACGAAAGCUGAAGUCGAGAUUAUGCAUGACGUUGAAAGACGGACAUGGUUUCACGAUACGGACGACAU